GACUCCGGAAUGUAUUACUGUGAAGCAAAGAUUCAAGGAAGAUUUCUCGGGAGAGGAAGUGGCUCCAGGCUCACUGUGUUCGCUCCUCCAACUCCAUUGGAAAUUGUUCCAAUUGGAGGGUUUUCGGCUUCUCCAAAGCUCCUUUGUAAAACGGCUGCCUUCUACCCGGAGAAAUUAGAAAUCGUUUGGCAAAUAAAUAACAAACAAAUUCACACUGGAAUACAGAGUGUAACAAACCGGAGCGUGGGUGGAUUGUACGAAGCUUCUAGCUUAUUGGAAAUCACGCAGUCUACUGCAGGAAAAGAUGUUUACAUCUGUCUGGUGUCGCAUGUCUCCCUCACGGUGCCUGCCUGUUUCAGCUACAUACAUGAUCAAGGCUCUGAUACAAAAUUCAUUCUGGCAUGUGCAGCGGGCGGAACGACGAUUUUAGCUCUGAUAAUAGUUUUGGUGAUAGUCAAGUUAAAUAAAUCGCACGGGUUUAACGGAAGUUCUCUGGACAAAUGUCAGAAUGAAGAGCAGGCUGAACAUGCUUCUGUGGCGCAUACCACUGCCUAUGCUUCACUAAAUUUGACGGGGAGCAAAGGACUUCAAAAAGAUCGACAACAAGAAGAGCACAUUAUCUAUUCUCCGACUAAAAGAAAUGGAGCUGACAAGCUGACUUACGCUUCACUGCAGCUUCCGGAUUCCAACAACACCUCAGCAUCCAAACAUCAAAACCAACAUGCAUUGUACGCAGACGUAAAUACAUCAAAGAAACUGUGAAGCUGAGAAUCUGACUGUAGUUUAGACCUAUACAUUAUCAAGGAGUGAAGACCUAGGCAUUGCUUUUUCUCCUUUCUUGCAAUCAGACAAAGAUUGUUAAUCGAUAUAACAUGUAUAAGUUAGGAAGAUAAUGGAUCAAUUUCGUCUUCGAUUUGUUGGA